UGGUGCGCAGAGCAUGGGCGGCGCCCGGGGCGUGGGCUGGGUGGCUGCCGGCCUGGUGCUCGGGGCCGGCGCCUGCUACUGCAUUUACAGGCUGACGCGGGGCUGGCGGCGCCGCGGGCUCGGGCUGCGCCGCUCGCGGUCCGCAGAAGACUUAACUGAUGGUUCAUGUGAUGAUGUCCUUAAUACUGAACAACUUCAGAAACUCCUUUACCUGCUGGAGACCACUGAGGAUCCUGUAAUUAUUGAAAGAGCUUUGGUCACAUUGGGUAACAGUGCAGCAUUUUCAGCUAACCAGGCUAUUAUUCGUGAAUUGGGUGGUAUUCCAAUUGUUGGAAGCAAAAUCAACAGUCUUAACUACAGCAUUAAAGAGAAAGCUCUAAAUGCACUGAAUAACCUGAGUGUGAAUGUUGAGAAUCAAAUAAAAAUAAAGACAUACAUCAAUCAAGUUUGUGAAGAUGUCUUUUCUGGUCCCCUGAACUCUGCUGUGCAGCUGGCUGGACUGAGAUUGUUAACCAACAUGACUGUUACCAAUGACCACCAACACAUGCUGAACAGCUACGUUGCAGACCUGUUCCGUGUGUUGCUUACAGGAAAUGGAAACACCAAGGUUCAAGUUUUGAAACUGCUUGUGAAUUUGUCUGAAAAUCCAGCCAUGACAGAAGAACUACUCGGUGCUGAAGUGGAUUCAUCAUUCCUUUCCCUUUACGAUGGCCACACAGCAAAGGAGAUUCUUCUUCGAGCACUUACUUUAUUUCAGAAUAUAAAUAACUGCCUUAAAAUGGAAGGCCGUAUUGCUAUUCAGCCUACUUUCACUAAAGGUUCAUUGUUUUUCCUUUUAUAUGGAGAAGAAUGUGCCCAGAAAAUACGAGCUUUAAUUUAUCAUCAUGAUGUGGAAGUAAAGGAAAAGGCUGCAGCAGUAAUACUGAAAUUCUGAUUGGUUGACCAUUUUUCUCCCAGAGGAAUACAGUCUGGAAGUAACAUACCUAAACUUAACCAUUUUCUGUCUUCCUUCUAAAGGGAUUCGUUUUCAUCACUAACACAGCUAUCACUUGACAUGGUCUUUAGGUUUACUUUGGUCUGUUACAUUGAUACCAAUGAAUAUGAGUUUCAACUGAAAUAAUUUCUUUCUUUUCAUUUACUCAGAUACAUUAUUUCCUCUAUAUGAAGCAGCAGUGGCCUUUUUACAUUUACGCCACUGUUACUGUUUGAUUUAUGGUUACUCCUGAAACAGCAUUAGUGAUUAAAUCAUUAUUUCAGAACUGCCAUAGGAAUGGCCUUGUUCUUUUUGCUCUGAUGAGAUCUUGAACUCUCAGUCUACCUGCCAGCCCGGCCAGACUGCUUUCAGAAGUCUGUAUAAUCAUUAGAAAUCUACUUCUUCAUUUCUGGUCAGUGAAAAAU